GUUUUGUAAAACUUGAACUAAACCACACAAAUUAGAAUCCCACAAAUCUAAAAGAAGACACGUAAAAAUGUCACUUGCCAUACAAAAAAGAAACAAUGUUUUGGAAUGACGUGUAAACUAACACCCCCGCUUAUAUUUACUCCUUUCUCUCCUCUCAUUUCCUUUUAUUCUCCCUCACACUUUCAUUCUUCUCCUCUAUUCCAUACAAAAUAAAUAAAAUCUGAUCAAAAACAGAGGAUUUGUUAUUAUAAAAACAGAGCACCCCGAAUUUAUGAAAUCAAUGGAAGAAUUAAAACCCACAAUGCAAAUUCAAGAAUCUCAUCAAAUACCCACUUUCUCAUUAGUUCAAGAAAAACCCGGGCUCACCUCGCCCGAGCUUGAUGAUCAACUACCACAACAACAACUACAACAACAACAGCAAAAGCAGCCGAAUGAAGGCAAUAGUGAAGAAGAAGAAGAAGAAGAAGAAGAAGAAGAAGAAGAGGGGAAAUCGACGAAUACCCGUGAAAGCGAAAGUGGCGGGAAACAUGAGGAAGAACAAAAGGAGAAGACAAGUGGUGAUCAUAGUAAUAAUGGGGGAGUUUUAGGGCCAAGAGAGAGAUUGAAGAGGCAUAGAAGAGAAGUAGCAGGGCAAGUAUGGAUACCAGAUAUGUGGGGUCAAGAAGAUUUCAUGAAAGAUUGGAUUGAUUGUUCAGCAUUUGAUACAUCAUUGGUUCCUCAAGGUAUAAUGUUAGCUCGAGCUUCUUUAAUGGAGGAAGGAAGAAGAUCUAAUUCUAAUACUCUCAGAGUAGAAAAUAGCUGUUAGAAAACUUUUAUUUUACUGCUUUUUUUUUAUUUUAUUUUAUUUUUCCGUUUUAUUUUGGGGGUUUAUGUGAGAUGUUCAUAUUAAAAUUGUUUACAAUGAGGCCAAAGAAGAAAAAAUAUAUAAAAAAUUAAAAAAAAAAAACUAGUAUUUAUGUGUAUUAGAUGUUGAUAAUUAGAAGAACAAGAAGCAAAGGCCUAGUUUACAACAACAUUUUCUUAUUUUAGUGGUUCAAUAAUAAUUAAUCUCUUUGUGGAGGCAAUUACUUCUA